ACAUGAUCCAACCCACAUGCCUGGGAUAUUCCCCGUAUUUUCCCCAUAUCUUCCACAUCGACAAAUGCCACUCAGUGGCUGACCCCAUUGCCGUUGGUUCCAUUGACACCAUUGGCUUUAUCUUCGUUCUCUCUCUCAGCUUUUAGCCUCUUUUGUCUCUCCAACCUUCCCUCGCUCUUCGGAUCGAAGUAUGCUGUUCAAAUUCACAUCAGCUAUCAAUUCGAUCAACACUCCGACACAAUGCACCAGUAGUACAUACGCUUUUCCCCAAAAACGGUCGUUCUAAUGCCUCUCCUAGGGGUCUCGUACGAUCCGGGAAUUACGCGAUGAAUCACGGCUCGGUUGUCCCACAACGCAACACUCCCCACCUCCCACUUGAAUCGUACAUAAUGGUCAUCCGCAGAAUGGAUGUGAUAGUUCAAGAAGUCCAAAAUCUUAUCGCCUUCAUAUUUCUUCAACUCGGCGAAGCCCGUGACAAAGCCCGGGUUGACGUUCAGUGCCCGGAGGCCAGUGACUGGAUGAGUCCGAACAGCGGGGUGGUGGGUGUCGAUUGGGGCACGGUUGGGAGGCACUUGCCAAAGGUCGAGGAUGGUGUCGUACUGAAGACGAGAGGUGUGAACGGCGUGAAGACCGGACAAAAAGUUUCUGUUUACGCUUUGUCAGGACACAAAAGACAUAUGGGAGCAGUGACAACAAUGAGCAUACUUCAUGGCAUCUGAUAGAGUAUCGUACAGACCAUAAGACGAUACCCACGCCGUGUCACCACCAACAGGCGGGUGCUCUUCCAUUCUGAGCAUCGAGUAAGAUGGCGGGUUGAUCUCGAAAGAGGUGUCGGCAUGGAAAUCGCCGCUUGGCCAAGGGGUGUAGGCCAAUAUCUCCCUGUGAUCUAUGGUGCUGCCUCUGAUGACAUGAUGGCGCGUGUCUUUCUGAGACGGGUGACGGUCGAGCUCUCCAUAGUGUUCAAAGAGUUUGACCUGACCUUCAGUGGUCAGAUCUUGAGAGCGGAAGAAGACCACACCGCGUUCGUUGACCAGCAGAGCAAGCUCAUCAAGCUGUUGUGGUGUCAAGGCGGAGAGCUGGACAUUCUCCAAGACGGUUCCAAUCGAUUCAGUCAAGGGAACCACUUUGAUACCAGGGAUCGAGAGCAACGAUUUCUUGUCGGGGUUGGCAAAGAGACCUCUGUCGGGCGCUGGGGUUCGCUCUUUGUGUGGUGGCUCUGGAGGGACAUGAUCUUUGAUCUUGGGGUUGAAGUGUGGGUGGAGGGUGACUGGAAAUCCCGAGUCCGGGGAAACAUUGGCGCGUGCAGCAAGGUGGGCCAUGUUUGCGGCCGAAACUUCCCAGUUUGAUGUGGACUGUGGAUAUCUUUGGUCAGGAAGCUCUCCAGUCUUCAUUCACUCCAACAUGCCCAACGACGCAUCUCGCCCUUCAAAUAUCGUCUCAAACACCCAGCUUUUCGGUACUCUCCCAUGAUGCAACUUUUGGACAUCCUUUGCUAUCACGAUAUUAUGCCCGCUUAAAUCCGAGGUUUCCAUGAUGGCUUGGAGUGCCAUUCAAAUGCCGUCCCAAUCUGCUGGUCCAGGCCUUCAGUCACCCAACGCCGACGACAGAGAGCCAUGAGACGAUGCAGGCAUCAAAUGGCAUUAUCAGACGCCGAACCAAUCCCACACCGUUUGUAUGCAUGAUGCAGCACUAGGCCGGUGCCGUUACGGGAGUGUAUACCGAGCGAGGGGGUUUUGGUGUUAUACCAAGAGAACGAAGGUGGAAACCCACGAUGGUGACAGAUGACGUGCCUCUCCGUGUCAAUGGCAUCAAGCACGCCAAACUGGCGCAAACCCCUGCACAUUUGCUGCACCACGCCUGCACCACCGCUUUCUUACCACAUGUGAAUUCAAUUACAGGGUCGAUAUCGUUGCAAUGGCUCGGUUUUGUGUUUCCAGUUCACUGAAAUUCAAGAUGCUAACAAGUUAGGCGCAUGAGGAAAGCCGAGGACGUUACCUAAGUUUUAGUGAAAAAGAAUGCUCCAUCGAACUUGAACCCCAUGUCGAAUCGGUUGGGCCAUGGACUCAUAUUUGGAGUAUAGAUAGGUAGCAAGACGUUGCGUUGCAUGCAAGAAGUCGAUCAUCACUUUCCUCGGCGCCUUUUCAAGUGCUCAGCGUUUUCCUUUGCGCUAACUGUCUCAUUUUUUGUUUGAUUUUGUUUGUGAUACCCAUUCGACGCCAAAAUGGCCGACGAAAAGCAACUUGAGAAGGUUACAGCGAGUAGUGUGAGCCAGAGCUUCACCGACGACGAUGGACAAGAAAUCACCUGGACAGAGGAAGAGGAGAAGGCACUGCUUCGAAGGGUUGACUUUCUCAUCAUGCCUCUCUUGAUCCUUGGUUUCUUUGCCCUCCAAAUAGAUCGCGGAAACAUCGGCAAUGCCAUGACGGAUUUUUUCAUGCAAGAAGUGGGAAUCACACAGUUUCAGUUCAACAUCGGCCAGCAGCUGCUGUCUACAGGCAUCGUGCUUCUCGAAAUUCCCAGCAACAUCAUCCUGUAUCGUGUUGGCCCAACCCUAUGGAUUGGCUGCCAGAUUCUUGCCUGGGGUGCAGUCGCUACUUUUCAAGCCUUUAUCAAGGGGAAGGGCUUGGGGCCAUAUCUGACGACCAGAUUGCUUCUUGGUCUCUGUGAAGCUGGUUUUAUUCCUGCCGGUCUUUAUACCAUGACCCGGUGGUACAAGCGCAGUGAGAUUUCGAGGCGGUUCUCCUACUACUUCCUCGGCAACCUCUUUGCCGGCGCUUGCUCAGGUCUCAUUGCUUAUGGAAUUUUGCACAUGAGAGGUAUUGCCGGUCUCUCUGGGUGGCAAUGGCUGUUCCUUCUCGAAGGCCUCUUUACCAUUGUCGUUGGCCUGAUCUUCAUCGCCUUCUUCCCCCAGUCCCCUGCCAACCCAAGAUCCUUGAUCGCAGGCAAGAGCUUCCGCUAUUUCACCGAGAGAGAGUCUGCGAUUCUGCAAGCACGCGUCUUCAAGGACGACCCGUCCAAGCUCCAGCCUAGACAAAAUGUCAGCUGGGGUGAAGUGAAGGAUACUUUCACCAACUGGCGCAUCCUCCCUCACUUCCUCACCACCAUCCUCGGAAUGGCUUCCGCUCAUGCCCUGGGUGCCUAUGCCCCCACCCUCGUCAUCGGCUUCGGCUACGGCAGACUGCAGUCCAACGCCAUGAUGACAAUCGGCGCAUGGAUUCUCUUGGUCCUCAACCUCCUCUGGGGCUGGCUCGCGGAUAAGUACAGCAAGAGAGGGCUGAUGGUGUUCCUUGGUGUCUUGGGUCUCUGGGUCUUCCAGCUUGGAAACCGCCUCCUGAUCACCUCCCCUAAUAGAGACCUCCGGUUCGGUUUCUUGACUAUGGCUACUGCUUUUAUGGCCAAUUGGCACGCCGUCAACGGAGCUUGGCUCUCCCUCAACGCCAGAUCUGCCGGCGAGCGCUCCAUCACUAUGGCUAUCUUUGUCAUGGGCGCGAACAUUGCUGGUAUUGCUGGCUCGCAAAUCUUCCAGGCGCAUGAUGCGCCUGUUUAUAGGACUGGGUGGACGAUUAUUGUUGCGCUUUGCUCAGCUUCGCUUUUCAUGUCGAUGGUGGCAAAUGCGCAGUAUUGGUUGUUGAAUAAGUUUCAGAAGAGGGAGGGAGAGGAUAGGUACAAGUACUAGAUCGGGGGAGAGUAAUGGUUUUGAAUGAGCGAUACCCUAGUCUGGAUUUUGCGAGAUGCCCGA